UGCGGCUCGCCGCCCGAGGACUACUGCCUGCAGAUGGGUGCCCGCGACGCCACCAAGCUGUGCCACCGCUGCGACGCCGGCGACCCCCAGCUCCACCACAAUGCCUCCCUGCUCACCGAUUUCCACAGCCAGGAGGACAGCACCUGGUGGCAGAGCCAGUCCAUGGCCUUCGGCAUCCAGUACCCCAACUCCGUCAACAUCACCCUCCACCUGGGUGAGUGUGGCCGGGACCCCUGUGAGAGCCCGGAGGCAGUGCUAGCUGAGCGCUGGUGUGCCCCGGGCCCCCUUCAGAGCCGCAAUGGCCGGCCCCAGCGGGCUGGUCACGUCGCCCCGGGGCAGGCGGUGGAGGGUCCGCGCGUGCCCCUGGCGGGGACUCGGGAGCUGCCUGCUCGCGCAGAAGGUCAGCCCUUUCCCAGCCCCCUGCGAGCAGGCAGACAUCUGGUCUGCGUCCCCGAGAAGCCGAGGCUGGGCUUCCUGCCGGGGCUGAGAAGUGGCGCCGGAGGAGCCUGCCAGCCCCCGUUCCCCGCUCCGACACCUCCUGAGUGGGUGACCGUCACCGACCUGCUCAUCUCCUUGAACCGGCUCAACACUUUUGGGGACGACAUCUUCAAGGACCCCAAGGUGCUGCAGUCGUACUACUACGCCAUCUCGGACUUCUCCGUCGGCGGCAGCGGGCUGGAGGGCUGGGCGGCCGUGGCUCCAGACGGCACUGAGAUCCCUUUGCGUUGGGCUGAUGGCGAGAUCUUCACCGAGUGGGACGGAGAAGAGCCGGUGGAUUUUCUUGCACCAGGGAAGUUUCUGCAGAACCAGCGUCUCAGCUACGGGCAGCUCCUCUCCCUGCUGCUGGGAGUGGAGGGGAACGGGACCGGAGCAUCCCUGCCCCAGGUGCAGCUGGUGCUGGAGGGCGAGGGCAUGGGGAUCACGGUGCAGGCCCGCUCCUCCCCGGCCGGUGACGAGCCCCAGCCCCGCCAGGGGAAGCAGGCUGUCACCUUCAGGCUUCACGAGGCAGAGGGUGCGGAGCCUUUGCUGUCGGCCUUCAGCUUCCAACGUCUGCUCUCCAACCUGACCGCCCUCCGGCUCCGCGUGAGCCGCGGCCCCCUGCAAGGCAGGCUGUCCCUGAGCGAGGUGCAGCUCACGUCCGCUCGCCCCGGCCCGGCCUCAUCGGCCAGCUGGGUGGAGGAGUGCCUCUGUCCCCGGGGCUAUGCCGGCCAGUUCUGCGAGUCCUGCGCGCCCGGCUUCAAGCGGGAGGUGCCCUUCGGCGGCCCGUUCGUCGACUGCGUGCCCGGCACCUGCAACCAGCACGGCAGCUGUGACCCCCUCGCAGGUGCGUCCCCCGGCUGUCGGCCUCCCCGGACCCAUCCGGUCACCAAAUCCUUGCGUAAAUGGGUAACAAGUCAGCACACUUGCAUGUUUCCAAGGGAUGCUGGGAAUUAUCUCCAUGGGGACACGGCGGUGCAGGUGGAGUCCAUGGUCAGGAGAGCGCUGCAGGCCUCCAACACCAGCUACGUGCUCCUGCAGAGCCUGCUGGAGGACAGCGUGACGCUGGAGACGCAGCACGAGCUGGAGGCCAGGUACAAGGAAAUCCAGCGGGCGCAGGAGGAGCUGGGCGCUGGCAUGCUGGAGGUGGCAGCGGAGGCCAAGAGAGCUUUCACAGCCGUCCACCAGGCAAACGCGGACAUGGCCAAGAAACUGCUGCCAGCAGCUGCUCUGGGCCAGCAGGCGCUGCUGGCACGGGCUGAGACCCUGAUGCAGGACCUGGCGGCGUUGGAGCAGGCAGCAAAGGCCAGGGAGCCGUCGCUGCAGGACAGGGCUGCCUCUGCCCACGCCCUGGCCACCUCCGCAGUCUCACACGGCAAAGCUGUGCUCUCCGACGCAGAGUCCCUCCUGGCCAGCUUGGAAGGCACGAGGAGGGUGCUGGGGCGUCGGAAGGGCCAGGCUGCCCUGAGCAGAAGGAUGGCGCUUGUGCGGGACAGGACAAUGGUGGACGCCCAGAAGAAGACUAAACAGGCAGAGAAGAUGCUGGGAAGUUCCUUGUCUGUCUCCACCACAGCCAGGAGGAUGGCCGGGGAGGCUGAGCAAGUCGCCAGCCAGAGUGCUAAGAGGGCACAGGUUGUGCUGCGGGAGAGCAAGCAGGCCCGCAAGCACGCCAGCAAGCUCGCCACGAGUACCAGCGAGACCCAGCGGGAGCUCUCCAGGCAGGAGCGUAUGGCUGAGAAGCUCAGGGGGGACCUGGAGGAAGCAGAUCAGGUGAGGACGGAGGCAAGUCAAAUGGCAAAAAGUCUCCAGGAAGCCCGGGGCUCACUGCUCUCGGACAUCGAGACCCUGAACGACCUGCUCAGCAGCCUAGGUGAGGCGCAUGCGGGGAGCGAGCUGCAGGGGCGCCGGCAGCUGCGCCUGGCCGUGCCAGGCACCCUGGCCGGGAGGCUGAGCCACCUGCAGCGGGAGGCAGAGCGGCAGCAGGAGAAGAUUCAGGCGUUCGAGAGCGACCUGGCCGAGAUCCGGGCCGACAAGCAGAACCUGGAGGACAUUCUGCAGAGCCUGCCCGAGGGCUGCGCGAGCUGGCAGUGACAGGUCCCUCGCCCCCACCCGAGCAGCCCCCGUCACCUCCGUGCCCCCCUGCACAAGGAACGGCAGAGCAAAGGCCGCCCCUGCGUUCACCGGCGUCGAAACCUCCCUCUGCUCUUCGCACUGCUCUGCACGUGGCAUUGCACCCAGGUCCUGAUCUGCACGGGUUCAGGCUCAGCGUCCCUAGCGCUCUGCAACAUAAACUCCAGCCACCAGCUCUGCUCCCCGGGGUGGCUGGAACAAGCAGCUACCAGGGUCCGACGUUUCUGGGCAGAAGACAGAGCUGUCACAGGGCUGGUCUCUGACCAUGCAGUUCCUCCACGCUGGACACACCGCUCCAGCUCACCUUCCUCGCCGAGGGAGAGCAUAACAAGCACGUCAAGUACCAAAGAAAUAGUCCCCGGCAGCCUCCUGCCCCAGGAGGAGACGAGGGAGACUGCUGCACUCAUGCAGGAAGGCAGUCCUGCUGCCCAGCGCCCUGCAGCCCCGCUGCCCAGCACCCUGCAGCUCACGAGUUACCAUCACAGUCACGAAGGUGCAGAGAUGAAUCAGGGUGAAGCUGGGCUGAGAGAGGGGCUCAUGGGAGGGCACGCAGUUCCCCUGCUUCCCUACAGGAAGGACAUUCGUAGCAAGGAGGGCUAAGCUGGGCUCUGAACCAGCUCUGGGUCAGACAGGUGGGGCAUCCUCUGCCCGCUGCAGCAUAUGAGCAGCUCUGCUCCUGCUGUUCCUCUGUUCCAGGGUAGCGUGGGGGUGUUGGAGCCUACAGCUUUAGUCUUGCUAACCUGUCCCAGCUCCACUUGGCUUGGUGGAGGUCACCAGUUCUGGAUGCAAACCAGCCCAGCUGCCUGCAGUCCCAGGGGCUUGGUGGAAGAGCAGUGCACCAGGCGGGGAGGUGGGAGGCAGGAGCACGCUGGAGCUGAGCGCUGGCACUGCUCAGCUGCCCAGCUCUGUGCUAACGCUUGCAGCUGCAUCACCCGUAGCAGCUCCCAGGCCAGCAUCAGCACCCAUUCCCCGCCGGCUGAGAUGCCUCGGGCUGGCCCGUGUCACCGGGUUGCACAGCCAGCGCUGGCUGGCCUGUGCCAGCUGGACACGGCUGGCUUAUGCCAGUGUCACUCCCACUGGACGGCACGGACGGCGGCGGCUGUAUUGCCUUUAAAGGAAAGGCAUGUGCGGUUCACCCCGGCCCGCGCGUGGGCCGGUCUGUGGGGCCAGGCCGGCAGCAGCGGGAGCAGAGCCGGGUCUGUGCACAGCCCACCCUCCGCUGGCUGUGCCGUGACUCCAGGCAGCCGGGAAGUCAGAAAUGAGCCCCCGGGCUAGAGCACAGUUCACUUUUUAACCUGUUUUUCCUGUGCUCUUCUGCUGUUCACAGUGUUAGAAAUCAGGUUUGCUAAGGUCAUGUGUAACGCUGGCUGUAAAACUGCUGCCUUAGCUACUGGAGUGCCCCAGCCCUUUCUCCCUCUGGUCCAGUUUUCUGGAAGGAGGACAGGACUUUUCCUGAACAAACCUAUUUCUCUCCUACUUCCGCACACCAGCUGGUCGAGGAGCAGGGUGCCUGAGUUGCAGCAGUGCAGGAGCGCAGUUGCAGGGGCUCCCCUCUCCUCCGCUUUUGCAGAGCUGUCCCCGGGCAGCGAGCGUUGCAGCCAGGGCACGGCGUGACG